AUGCCUACUGCUGCCGAGGCUUUGGCUCUGCUGCAAAAUAUGGAACCUUGCGACUCAGAUGGAGGAGAAGAGUCCUUUCUCUUGCAAGAGAGUUUGGACUCUGACAUGUCUUCGAGUGACGAGAUGUCUUCCGGGUCCGAAAGUAGGCCUCCUCCAAAGAAGAAAGGUCGGAUGGAGACACAGACCAGACCAAAUGAUCCCAACUGUGAGACGGCUAAAGAUGGCACGGUAUGGGUUAAAGAAGAAGUGGGGAGGCCGCUCCCUCACAGCUACCUAGAGCCAUACACAUGUGAUGGAGAGCCAACAGAAGAAGUCCGAAGUACUGUAAAAACUCGCUUGCAGAGCUUCUGUUGUUUGGUGAGUUUGGACAUCCUUGACAUCAUAAGAAAGUGUACAACCGAGCAUGGCCGCCGGAAGGAAGCAGGUUGGGACAUGUCUGUCCAUGAAUUGAUGGCGUUCAUCUCCAUCCUUCUUUGGAGGGGCGUGCUCAGAAUUCCGUCGCUGGCUGAUGCAUGGUCAACAACACUAGGGUUCUCGCAAGUCAAAACCAUUAUGGCCCGAAACCGCUGCCAGGACAUCAUGAGACACCUAAGCUUUGAUGAAAAAGACACACGCCCUCAACGAGUAGAAACCGACAAGUUUGCUCUAGUCUCAAACGUUUGGCAGAUGUUUGUUGCUAACUGCAUCAAGUCCUACGACCCAGGCCAGUACAUCACUAUCGACAAGCAACUCUUUCCAACAAAGUCUCACUGUCCUUUCCUGCAGUACAUCGCUUCAAAGCCCGACAAGUUUGGAAUCAAGUUCUGGGUUGCAUAUGACUUGAAAUCCAAAUACAUGUGUAAUGCCAUGCCUUAUCUUGGCAAGGACCUCAGUCGUCCCUCUGAGGAGACACGUUCUGAGGAUGUAGCGAUGAAGCUGAUGGAACCAUUCAUGGACAAGGGCAGAACUGUUACAACUGACAACUACUUUACCUCAUUAUCACUUGCUCAACAACUGCUCAGCCGGAAAACUUCACUUGUUGGCACCAUAAACAAGACUCGUCGAGAGUUACCACCAUCAGCCAAACAAUUGGACUGCAAGAAAUUCACCACCCAGGUGUUUUCAACAACCGACACGACUCUCACAGUUUAUGCGCCCAAGCGGAGGAAGACCAUCUGCAUCCUCAGCACCAUGCAUAGCACAGUUGAAAUCAGGGAUAACCAUAAGAUGAAGCCAAACACGGUCACUGACUACAAUACCAUGAAGUGUGGCGUGGACGUUAUGGACCAGAAGGUUCGACAGUACACAGUGCGAGCAGCAACCCGGCGAUGGCCAGUUGCUGUGUUUUUUAACAUGAUAGACAUGGCAGCAAUGAAUGCUCACAUGCUUUAUCGAGCGUGCACUGGAGUGAAGGAGAGAAGGGUGGACUUCUUAGCAAAUCUUGCAAAGGAACUUGCUGAGCAGUUUAUGCAAGAAAAGAUGGUGGAGAAGGAGAAGCUACUUUGUCAACAACCUGCCACACCAUGCCCAUGGAAAAGGGCCAUGUGUCAGGUGACCAUUCGGUGCAAAAAGAAUCACGCAAAUUCACGUUGUGUACACUGCCAUAAGUAUACUUGCGGGAAAUGCAGACAGGAAACCAAGUGGCAGUGCCAGAAAUGUGCCGACAAGUCAGAUCAUUGAAAUGAUACACACACGCACACACUUGUCUAUUGUUUUCAUUGUUUUUUUAAUUCUAUUUUUUGUGUACUUUUUUAUUUUAUUUUAGGUUUAAUUGCUUUUUUAUCCUAUUGUAUUUGUUUCUGCAGGCUGAGAACUGCCAACAAAAUUUCACUGUGUGCACGCAUAAUGACAAUAAAGCAUUCCUAUUCUCAA